AUGGAAGCGAUGACCUCGAUUGCGGCAGCUCUGGAGGCAGAGCUAGCAGCUGUCGCUACUCCAGCCUUUUCCCUGUCUCCCUCGAGACCAAGUAGUUCAGUUCUCGUACUGACGCCUUCCCACGAGAGGCGUCUUCUUGCUUCGGAGCCGGAUUGCAUGUCCUCACAGCAUGCACCGUCGUCUCUACCUCCGACGCUGGAGACAUUCGGCGCCUCUUCUGGAGCCUCAGAAGGGAACACACCCUCCAACCGCUGCGCGAGUCGCCUCUCCUCCCCUCUGUCCAUGAGUGAGCAACUGCACUACUUGUCCGUCGCAGCGAGGGUGGCGCCCGAGUCGUCAGCGUCUUACCGACCAUUCGCGGGGAGGCCGCUUGACGACAAAGAUGGAGAUUUGAAGGAGGAAGAAAAACUGUGUGAGCUGAUGAGAGUGCAGUACGAGAUACAGAGACAGUUGGCCCGCGUGCAACAAGAUGCUCUGUCGGUAUGUCGAAGCUUCAGCAGGCUGGCGGCGCAAGCGGCCUGCGGAGUGCGGUCGCUGCGGCGCUGUGACCUGUUUUCUCGCAGCGCCCGUGCCAGCAGCGAUCCUCCCACACCGGACGGGCGUGAGGCCCCCCCGCGACCCCACCUGAGAGAGGCAGAAGGAGCACCUACCGCCGGCUUCUCUUCCGCAAGCGCCGCUUGCCCGCGUUCGCCCUCGCACUUCUCGGGAUUGAGACAGAUUUCGUCUGCGAGGCCGGAGAAAAGGAGCCUCUCCGACGCGAGUGUCAGCGACAGACGAGUGACUCGCGGUUGUGAGUCAGCAAGAGGCAGCCUGAUGACAGCCUCAUUUCCCCUGAAGGGCGAGGCGCCUAAGUUUCAGAGGGCACGCGUGCGGACAGCGGACGACAGCGGCGUUCGCCUCUUUCGUCAAAGAGGCCGAGCCCACAGCACGCUCUCGAACGUGGCGUAUGAAGUCGUCGCGACGAGAAGAGUUAGGCGACAGACCUUUUCCGCAGACGAUCACCACAGCGCCCAGAGCGCGCCGCCACACCUUCCGUGUUCGCGCGCUUGGGGAAACCGCUCGGGGGCCUCUGAGUUUGCCUCAGACACGCCACACGCGGGCGAACGGACUUCCCUUGAUCCGCUGGCCGCGCGGAGUCUCGACAGUCAUCCCACUCGCACGCGUGAUUCGUCUUCCUGCUCUUACCUGCCGCCGCCUCCUCGAAAAGUCCUUCCAUCCGCAUUGGCCUUCCAAUCGCCUCGCAGACGCGCGCCGAUUUGGCGCGUGGCUCUGCUCCCGAAAGGGAGACGGCAGGAGGGCGGGACGGCAGCUGCGACGACAGAGGCCGCUCUCGCGACCCUGAGGAGAUUCGUUGAGGCGGGAAGGGACUCUGCGGAAGCCGACUACGUGAACUCAGUACUCGGUGGAUACGAGGCGCGCCUGCGAAGGUACGAUGAAGCACUCAAGGCAGUCGGACAACGGAAGGACGAUCGCGGACCUUCCAUCGGCAGCAGGAAGUCGGGGGCGGUCGCCGAGCCUCAGCGAACACAGCACAUCGACGCAAAGGAAGAUCAAAGCUCCCGGCAGGACGGCAACACACACCCAGCUGCGUGCCCUCGAAGCUCAUCUUGCGACGGGAGAGAUCGGCCGCCGCACGAGUGGGAGCCGGCGACAUGCGCCGUCCCCUUUCGAGGGGGCGAGCGCCCCUGUAACAACGCCUGCGCGCCUUCUGCCACUAUCGACUCUUCCCUAUCUUCCAUGAAAUGUGCUUCCGCUUUCUCCGGUCUCUCUUCAUUUGCUUCGGAAGACGCGGCUGAACCCACUGGCUCUCCACGGGCGACCGGAGCCGUCCAGGCGCGCGCCGAGGACCUCAGCCCCGUCGCGGCCUGCCCUCACGCCCACGUGCUUUGUGAGCCAGAGGCGAGCGGCGAGUCUAAACGCAACGUGGAGUCUGUGCCGUCGAGCGGUGCGCAAGCUGAAAGCCCCUCCUGCAACCCUCGGGGACGCCAGGCGCGGAGAGAAUCCCCUGAGGCAGGUGGGCUCUCGCCGCAACCCCCCCCGACUCGCCUUUUGCCGACGCCAGAGGCGCCGCCCCAACAAGGCGCACCGACGCAGACGAGCUCCCUUCAGCGGGAAAAGGAGAUGUGA